ACUAGCCUAGAUGCAUCAUCUCAUCUCCCCACCAUAUAUUUCUCUCCAAUGAAUAGACCGGGUCCGCGCAUCUCAUCUUCCAAUCCCACCUAUUCUAUUCUUGAUCGAGUCCCGACUCCUAGCCGCCGGAAUAGAGCUUCGGCGCCAAGAUGGGCCUCGAGGGUUCGCCCGGAUGAGAUCGCUUCGCCGGCGCCCUGCGUCGGCUUUGCCCCUCAGUCGUACAGCCCGUCGUGCAGCCCCUCAGCCGCUCUUCCCUUUGCCCCGGCGUGAAGAACAACGAUCUGUCGAUCUAGUUGGUGUGGCUGUGACAGGAGAGAAUACGAGGGGCUCCUUGCAGCUGGGCUCUACUUGCCUCUACCAAACUAUUUUCUUUUCUUUACUCUUGUUCGCUAUGCUCUCUCAAUCAGACCGAAACAUUACCAUUGGCGUCAAUGUUCCCGUCAGUAAGUUCAAUCAGAUUUGGAUUUUAUUCAGAGCAGUUUUGAUCUAUAUUUCCAAGAGCAGUUUUGAUCUAUAUUUCCAAGAGCAGUUUUGAUCUAUAUUUUUCGUCGACCUACCAAUAUUGUGUUACUGAAGGAAAAUGGAAUGAAUAAGAUGAAGAGGUAACAUUAAUGGCCACAGAUAGUGAUCGUGUCUGGUGUGGCAAAGGUAACCCAUUCAUCAUUUUUUGGUGAGACCACAUAACUGAAGUGAGACUUUUACCACUGAUUUUUUGGAGAUGCUUUGUUCGAUGUAGUUGCUCAAUGCUUUAUGAUAUGUCGUGCUUCACAACUGAAACACGCUUUUACCACUGAUUUUUUGAAGAUGCUUUGUUCAAUGUAGUUGCUCAAUGCUUUGUGAUAUAUGUCGUGCUUCACAACUGAAACACGCUUCACUGCCUCCUCUUGUCUGUUGGCAAGCCGCAUCCAAACAGAAGGAGCUCGCAUUGGAGCAGUGGAGCUGCACUACUCGAGCUUGCUCUCACCGCAAUCUAUGCAUAUGCAUUGCAUCAACAUCUAAUCCUGGUAUAGGCACAGCCUUCUGAUGUGAGAUUGGCACAGCCAAUUUUGUUAAUUAUGGCGAUCUCAUGGUCUCCCCCCAUCUCUAUCCUUUUUUGGGUUAUGAUGUGAUUGUGAAAAUCCCCCAUCAUCACAAGAGUUAUUGAGCAUAAAUUAAUAAUUAAGGGAAUACCUGUAUGUAUGUGUUGUGCUACAGAAGAUGCCCCAUUGGUCUGUCAAAGGAAAGAUGAGCUUGCUAGCUUGGACCAAGGCUGCAUGAGGAAGGCCAUCAACUGGAAUAGUUUGGACGUCAAGUAACUAGAAUUUGGUUCAUUUCAUACACAAAUCAUCUUCUUUGCUGGUAAAAGUAACAAACUACCAAUAUCACCAUAUUAUGCAUAUGAUUUUACUGUUUUUCUUUGUAUUGAGCAUUGCUCCGUGAGCUACAUAAAUUCUUCAUUUUUUAUCUAUAUUCGCAUACUACUAUGUUGCAAACUUUUAGCCAUUGAAGUCUCCAGAGCAUUUGUUAUUAGCAUAGCUUUGCUGGCAAAUCUGUUUGUUCUCGCGUACCAAAAAAUAUCUAUGAUGAAAGUGGUAUACGACAUCUUGCUUGGUGAUUAAAUGUUAUUGUAAUUUUGGUUUGGAUAGACAAAGUGUUGUGCAAAAUAUAAUAACAUUUUGUACUGUAAUAGUUCGUACUUAUCAUACUUUCUGCCAUGUAAUUUUUAUAUGUAUAUAUACUGUUCACAUUUGCCAAAAGCUUGAGCAACCCAAGCAAAGUUUCAUCUGGUUGUUUGGUCCAACUAUCAUUGUUUCUAAGCAAAUUAUAUACAUUUCUGGAUUCAUAUGCAUGUAUGAUCCUACCCCAUCCAUUAUUUGUUUCAUUUUAGAUAGGAUUGACUGAAAUUAGCAUUUUACUUCAUGAAACUCACAAUAUAUGCACUAAAAUUCCCGCAGCAACGCGCUGGGUUUCCUUCUAGUUGUGUAAAAAGUUACGUACGGGUUCGCUGUGAACUUCCGACCAGGUCGAAUCCCUAGCCCACGCCACGACGCCAUUUGUUCCUCGUCAGGAACCCUAGCCGCGCCAGCCCGCCGCCGCCCCGCCGGCAGCCCUCCGCGGCCCUCUCCUCCUCCGUCCGUCCCGCCGUCGCCUUCCUCUCCUCCUUUCCGUCGACCUCUUCGCCGCCGUUGGCCUGCUUUGCCGGGCUGCAGCCCCAUCUGGGCGCUCGGGCCGUAGUCUUUGCGGAGGAAACCAGCCGAGCAGUCCAGUCCACACACACCCCAGGCCCGCUUCUGGCCCAUAUGCCGGCGACAACCAACCGGACCAGAGCUCCUCGACAGACACAGACACAGCGCCUCCCAAGCCCUAACGGCAACACCGACACCGGCCACGCGGCGGCCGGCUCACCGUAGCCGUCCCCUCGCGCUCGCCUUCGCCAGCGCGGCAGCGCCGUCCGUCGGUGUCGCACCCGCCACCACCUCUUCCCCCUCUCCCUUCCGCCGCCGCAACCGCGCAGCUGCCGCAGCCACUCGCCGCCGACACCAAACCGCGCCGCCCGGCCGCCUCCUGCUGUUCCGCGCUCGUCCCUUGCCGUGCAUAUGGACGAAGAGCGCGUGGAACGGGAAGGCCGCCGCCUCAAGAAGAAGGCGAAGCAUCGUGAUGAAGAGGGGAAGGCGAAGGAUAAAUUGAAGCGUCGCACAGAUGAAAAGGCAACUGAGGCUGAUUCGGUCGCAGAAAAAGUUAAGGAGGAGGCUGUGGUAGGCGCUGCGGAGGAGAAAGAAGGCCACAAGCGCAAGAAAGGGAAGGGCCGCAGUGAGGAGACGAAGAGCAAGGAGAAUGUUCCAGUCGUUUCAGGUAGCAUAGAGAACGGUGUUGGUGAGGAGCAGGCCAAGAAGUCGGGCUCGAUGGCGCCUUGUUCGGAGGGUGCCAUGAACAAAGACAAUGUGAAGAAAGACAAGAAGAGAAGGAAGGAGGAGAAGAAGAAAGAGAAAGAAGCUGAUAUGACUGAGCAGAAGCAGAGUUUUGAUACUACUGUUGGUAAGGAGCAAGCUGAAACUUCUGGCUUGAUGGAGGUAACGCCCUGUUUGGAGCUCGCCCAGGGCGAUAUGAGCAAAGACAAGGUGAAGAAAGUCAAGAAGAAAAAGAAGGAAGAGAAAGAAGCUGAGAAGACUGGGCAGCAGAAGCAGACAUUUGAUACUACUGUUGGAAAUUCAGGGGCAAAGUAUGCAGAGGGAGACAAGGUUGAGGGAAAACAGUCUAGCAAGGCAAAGAAGAGCAAACGCAAGAGUGAUGAUGGUGCACCUGCUGCUGAUCAAAUCGUGACAAGAGAAUACAAGAAGAAAAAGAAGGAGCAUUCAGUUGUGCUGGAAGAGAGCAGCCAAACCGAAAAUAGCAAUGAAGGUGAGAAUAGAGAGAUUAAGAAGGGAGGAAAGGAAAGGAGUAAAGCCAGUCCAGACUUUAGUGAGAAUGCAUCUGCUGGGGGAGAGGAAGCUGGUGUAGAUGGUAAUGAUGAUAAGAAGAAAAAGAAGAGCAAGGGGAUUGGAGGAGGGAAAAAAGAGAAAGAAAAGUCAGUUCGGUCAACAAAGGGUAAGCAGGUGAGUUUUGCUGAUUCCGCGGAGAUGUUUAGAACCGAAGGUGGUGAUGGGGAGGGGAUUGGAGGAGGAAAACAGAAGGAAAAGGCAGCUCUGUCAAAGAAGAAAGGUAAGCGGGUGAGCUUUGCUAAUUCUGCGGAGGUGUUUAGCAUUGAAGGUGGUGAUAAUGAAGAGGAUGGCAUCAGCAAUGAAUCGAAAAGUGUGCAUGGUCGAUUUACCCCAGAGGAAGACGCCGCCCUCAUGGAAGCUAUGAGGGGUUACGCAGAGAUGAAGCAACUGGGAGAGAAAGGUUUAGAGAUGAUUGGGUCUUGUCGUAAAUAUCCAGAGCUAAAGGGUUGUUGGGAUGAUAUAGCGAAAUCGUUACCCCAUAGACCUUACUUGGCCAUAUACAGGCGAGCACAUACAUUACUCCAUAGGAGCUCCGGAUGUAAAUGGACAGAUGAAGAAAAAGAGCAGAUUCGGCGGUUUGUCGAGAAAAAUGGCACGGAUUGGAAAACACUGGCACAGGAACUUGGAAAGAGUGAGAUCCAUGUAAAACAUGCUUGGAGAAGAAUAAAACCUAAGAAGAAAAAAGGUGCUGAUGAUGAAGAGGAUGUCAGUGGUGGUGAAUCUGAACUUGUACAUGGACAUCGGUUUACCACAGAGGAAGAUGCCAUCCUCAUGGAAGCUAUGAGGGAUUACGCAGAGCUGAAACAACUGGGAGAGAAAGGCUUAGAGAUGAUUGGGUCUUGUAGUAAAUACCCAGAGCUCAAGGGUUGUUGGGAUGAUAUAGCGAAGUCGUUACCCCAUAGACCUCACGAGGCCAUAUACCAUCGAGCGCGUAUAUUACUCUAUAGGAGUGCUGAACGUAAAUGGACAGAUGACGAAAAAGAGCAGAUUCGGCGGUUUGUCGAAAGCAAUGGAACGGAUUGGAAGACAUUGGCACGGGAACUUGGAAAGAGUGAGAUCCACGUAAAAGAUACUUGGAGAAGAAUAAAACCUAAGAACUUGAAAAAAGGACGUUGGACUCAGGAUGAACACCAAAACUUGUUUGAUUUGGUGAACCUUGACUUGCGUCUGAAAGCCCAUCAAAUCAAAAAUCCUGAUCAUCGGCUGCUAAGAGAUAACAUUUCCUGGGAGGCCAUCAGUGAUAAAUUGACCACCCGUAAUCACAAGAAUUGUUGCCUCAAGUGGUACGAAACAUUAGCAUCUCCGAUGGUCAAGGAAGGAGUCUGGGCUGAUGUUGAUGAUUAUCUACUGGUGGAAGCGCUUCAAAAGGUUGAUGCUGUCUGUAUUGAAGAUGUUGACUGGGACAGCCUACUUGAUCACAGGUCUGGGGAGGUUUGUCGUCAAAGAUGGAACCAGAUGGUCCGCGCCAUUGGUGGCCACAGGGAGAAGCCUUUCAUCGAACAAGUGGAAGUGCUGUCGAGGCGCUACUGCCCAGAAAUGAUUGAAUACAGGAAGUGAGGAAAAAGUGUAGGAAUUAUCACCCGUCAAACUUGUAAGCCCAGACAAAACAGCAAGCAUGAUGUGUCAAAUCUUGCUCGUCACUUCCAUGGUAUGUGGAGUAGCCCGUAGGAUGCCAGGCUUGCGGGAUUUAUGGGGUGUAGAAAUGUAUCAACGGUACAUGGUUCACCAGUGAGCAAGCUAGGUUAUGAUUUUGUUUUCCUUCUAUUGUCCUCACGAACAUCUUUACUCAAACCUGAAUACAUGAUCACUUCAGGGACUCCACUCA